AUGGUUUUUAUUGAUAUCACCGUAAAGCAAAGGGGAAGCCCAAGGAAAUGGCUUCAAUGCUCGGUCUUGGAAGUUGUGCUUUUUCUUUGCUCUUUUUUUUUUCCCAGAGUUUUGAUGGGAGAUGUUCAAGGACUUAUUGAAAAACAGACACUCAAUGACACAGUCAACCCACGCAGUUCUUCAUCAUAUUAUGAAAACUACCAUUCCAUGACAGAAAUCUAUCACUGGAUGGAAGAAACAGUGAGAGUCCAUUCUGACCUACUUGAGAAAAUUUAUAUUGGAUCAUCAUAUGAAAAACGACCACUUUAUGUCUUGAAGCUUUCUAAAAGGCAGGAGAACCCCAAAAGUGCUAUAUGGAUUGACUGUGGCAUCCAUGCUAGAGAAUGGAUUUCUCCUGCUUUCUGCCUGUGGUUCAUAGGCCAUACAAUCCAUUUGCGCGAGAGAGAUCGGAUCAUGACAACACUUCUGGAGCACUUUGAUUUCUAUGUCAUGCCCGUGAUGAAUGUGGAUGGCUAUGAGUACACCUGGAGCAAACCCUCUAAUCGACUGUGGAGAAAGAGUCGCUCAUCGCACAGUAACAGUGGCUGCAUUGGUACUGACAUGAACAGGAAUUUUGAUGCACACUGGUGUGGUAAAGGAGCAUCUCCCAAUGAGUGCUAUGAGACAUACUGUGGACCCUAUCCAGAAUCUGAACCCGAAGUGAAAGCUGUGGCUCGCUUUAUCAGAGAUCACAAAGACAUCAUUAAAGCAUACAUAACAAUGCACUCUUACUCCCAGAUGGUAUUGUUUCCAUAUUCUUACACAAUGGAUAAAAGCAAAGACCACGAUGAGCUGGAAAGUCUGGCAAAGAAGGCAGCGAAUGCUAUAAGGAGAACAACAAAGAAAAUUUAUAAACUUGGUCCCGGUGCACAAACAAUUUAUUUAGCUCCUGGAGGUUCAGAUGACUGGGCUUAUGAUCUUGGCAUUAAAUAUUCUUUUACCAUUGAGCUUCGGGACACAGGAACUUAUGGAUUUUUGCUUCCUUCUGCGCAAAUUAGGCCAACUUGCAUGGAAGCACUUUCUGCUGUCAAAGAGAUUGCUCAACAUGUUCUUCAAAAUUUGUAACACUAAAUAUAAUUUAUUCCAGCAUGACUAUAUUUAGGUAGCUCAAAUAAUAAUUACAAAUAUUGCUGCUUUA